GUUUCCUAAAAGACAGGAAAAAUGGAGGUGUCUGUAAACCAAAUGCAACCACUGAGUGAGAAGCAAAUAGCCAAUUCUGAAGGUGGCUGUGUGUGGCAAGUCACUGACGUGAAUCGCUUGCACCGAUUCUUGUGCUUCGGUUCUGAAGGUGGGACUUACUACAUCAAAGAACAAAAACUGGGCCUGGAAAACGCAGAAGCUCUAAUUAGACUUAUUGAAGAUGGCAGAGGAUUUGAAGUGAUACAGGAAAUCAAGUCCUUUAGUCAAGAAGGCAGAACCGCCAAACAAGAGCCUCUGCUCUUUGCCCUUGCCAUCUGUUCCCAGUGUUCCGACAUCAGCACGAAGCAGGCAGCUUUUAAGGCUGUUCCUGAAGUUUGUCGCAUUCCUACACAUCUCUUUACUUUCAUCCAGUUUAAGAAAGAUCUCAAGGAAAGCAUGAAGUGUGGUAUGUGGGGUCGUGCUCUCCGGAAGGCGAUUGCAGACUGGUACAAUGAGAAAGGGGGCAUGGCCCUUGCUCUAGCAGUUACAAAAUAUAAACAAAGAAAUGGCUGGUCUCACAAAGAUCUAUUAAGAUUGUCACAUCUUAAGCCUUCCAGUGAAGGACUUGCCAUUGUGACCAAAUAUAUUACAAAAGGCUGGAAAGAAGUCCAGGAAUUGUAUAAAGAAAAAGCACUUUCUGUGGAGACUGAAAAAUUGCUGAAGUAUUUGGAGGCGGUAGAGAAAGUGAAGCGCACAAAAGAUGAGCUGGAAGUCAUUCAUCUGAUAGAAGAACAUAGAUUAGUUAGGGAGCAUCUUCUGACAAAUCACUUAAAGUCUAAAGAGAUAUGGAAGGCUUUGCUACAAGAAAUGCCUCUGACUGCAUUACUAAGGAAUCUAGGAAAGAUGACUGCUAACUCAGUGCUUGAACCAGGAAAUUCUGAAGUAUCUUUAGUAUGUGAAAAACUAUGUAAUGAAAAACUGCUAAAAAAGGCUCACAUACAUCCAUUCCACGUUUUAACUGCACUAGAAACUUACAAAACAGGUCAUGGGCUUAGAGGGAAACUGAAGUGGCGCCCUGAUGAGGAUAUUUUGAAAGCCUUGGAUGAUGCUUUUUAUAAAACAUUUAAGACAGUUGAGCCAACUGGGAAGCGUUUCUUGCUGGCUGUUGAUGUCAGCGCAUCUAUGAACCAAAGAGUCUUGGGCAGCAUCCUUAAUGCUAGCACAGUUGCUGCAGCAAUGUGCAUGGUGGUCACAAGAACAGAAAAAGAUUCUUAUAUAGUUGCUUUUUCAGAUGAAAUGGUACCGUGUCCCGUGACUACAGACAUGACCUUACAACAGGUUUUAAUGGCUAUGAAUCAAAUCCCAGCUGGGGGAACUGACUGCUCCCUUCCGAUGAUCUGGGCUCAGAAGACAAACACAGCUGCUGAUGUCUUCAUCGUGUUCACUGACAAUGAGACCUUUGCUGGAAGUGUCCACCCCGCUGCUGCUCUGAGGGAGUAUCGGAAGAAAAUGGAUAUUCCAGCUAAAUUGAUCAUUUGUGGAAUGACAUCAAAUGGCUUCACCAUUGCAGACCCAGAUGACAGAGGCAUGUUGGACAUGUGUGGCUUUGAUACUGGAGCUCUGGAUGUAAUUCGAAAUUUCACAUUAGAUGUGAUUUAAAAACACAAGCACAUUCUAGGAGGUCCACUGUCAUCAGUGAUCUCACUAAAAACAGCUCCUUCCCAGCGAAAGAGGAUGGUACAGCAUGUGCAAAACAGAAACUUACUUUACCAAAAACAACAAAGGAAGAAAAAGAAGAAAGGAAGGAAGGAAAACUAAGAUGAGUCCAAAGUUCUGUCUGCUAAGCUAGCACACUUGGGAAAUAGCUUCAGGGUACUGUAGCUUCCUCUAAGUUCUCUAAUAGAGAACUUCUUGUUAAUAGACACUGUAUAAUAGUCAAUCAGCUUUGUUUUGGUAAAUACAUUUGUACCUAAAAGAGGUGAGAUCCAAAAGUGUGAGUAGUUCUACAUCAUGUCACUUGUUUGAGAAGUACUUAGUGUUUUCUUACAUGUUUUCAUUAGAAAAGGACAGCUCUGAUAAUGUCCAAAUACUCUGAAAUGCACUAGACCAUGUAACUGUGAUGGAGUAUGAAACUCAUGUGUAAACCUUUAUACCAAGGGAGUAAAACAAUAAGGCAUUUGAUUAAAUUUUGAAUGAGUUUUACAAAUUCCUUUCAGAGUUUUCUAAGAUCACGUAACAGCCUUCUUACUCAAUGAAAAGUUACUUUAUUUCUGGUUUUAUUUUUAUUUGUAGAAUUUGUUAGCAUUUAACUGAAACAAUGCAAACCCCUAAGAAGAGACUCAAGGAGUUUGUGUUAGCUGAGAAAUUCCUUCUGUUCUGUUUUGUUUCGUUGUAUUUUAUUGCCAGGAGUGAGGAUGUGACUUGACAAUGAUUUCCUCCUAGUAGCAACAUAGUCUCCUGUUGUCCCACUUUCUUUUUUCAUACUUGUCAAUGAAGUAACUUAAAAUGUUUCAAGCAUUUAAACUCCCUCAUUCAUAAUCUUGAAAGUGUAACAAUGAAAAUCUCAACUAGAAACAGAUUAGUUUUUUUUCUUACUCUUAAAAUAAUCAUUUAAAUUACUUUUAGCUACUUUUGACAUUUUCUAAUUGUGAACAUGUCAGUGGUCUCCAGUGUCUUUGUUCAUUAUUUAUGUUGUGACUAAACAUUCUAAUUAAGCAAGCUAGGUCCUUCAGGUUUGAAAGGCAAUUUUUGAGCCGUUUAUUACCAACUAAGCAGUCUAGGAAAUCUUAAAAAAAUAUUUUGUGUAUAUUAAACUUCCUUCUCAUUAUGCUAACAUGCAUUAUUUUCUUGAGUAGAUAUCCUGUCUUUAUUGAGAGGUGAACAUGAAACGAGCUGUCUGUUGAGAGUCCAAUAUUUUUCUCAUCAUUUUGUAAUGUUGUUGAAGAUAGUUUACACAUGCAUUGUUGUUUAAAUAUUAGUGGAAGGUUUACUGGGGAGCUUUAGUGUUGUAUGAAAAGUCAAACAGUAGUAGAUGUAAAUUACAGCUUUUACACGAUUAGAGGUUAGUGGUUUGAUGUGUUUUGGGAAAGGGGGGCUUUAAUAGUGUGAGGAUUGUGUGUGUAUUUUCUUCUGUUUCUUGGGAAAUUUAGACUAGGAAUGGCAGAAAAUGUUCCUUUCAAAGAUACUUGACAUAGUCAUGCUAGCUUUGAGACAUAGCCAGUCCUUCAAGACAGCUGGUAACAGUUUUUAAAUGUUAUUUGCCUGAGAUAUUUUUGGUCAAAAAAGCUAGUAGUAAUUUCUACUUCAAAUAUGCAUUGCUUCUGUUGUGAUCCUGGUUUUAACUUCUGUCAGGCAUGGAACUUAACAUUUUAGCUACUUUGGAUACAUUGAAAUAUUUUGUUCAAAUUGAAUUUAAAGAAUCUAAGAAUUAUAUAUGAGCUUAAAUUCUUUCAACCCAGGAGCUCCAGAAAUUACAGUUAUACUAUGAUUUCACUUUUUAUUCCUGAUGGAAAUGUAACCUAGAAUAUGAAAAUUUAUUUCCUUCAUUUAUUGCUAUGUGGAUGGAGUGCUUGUAGGCAUACAGAAUGUCUAGAAGCUGAUACUAAUUCCACCAGGAAAGUAGAUUAGACAUAACCUUUUUGAAGUAUUUAGGUAGGUCUAAUGAAACGGAUUAGGAUAGAUUUAAGAAAGAAAGGGGGUGGGAGGAAAACUGAAAGAAGCCACGCCAGAGGUCAUUUUAUUUUCAAAUCAUGGAACUUCAGAGUUGAAAGAAACUUUAGAGGUUUGGGUUGGAGAACUGCAUUCCAAGACAGCCUAUGAUGCAGGAACACUGCACUCUAGAAAUCUCAGCUUGUCAUUCCCAUUCUAGUUCUCAUUUCCCCACUACGUGGGAACACGCUGACUCGGAAGAGUAGGAAAUAAUAUGUAUGCAUGAUUGCUUUCGGAGGAGGAAACCAGAUUGCAAACAUGUAUAAUUUUUAAAUCUUAGUAAUCCUCAAGCACAAUUAAUGUUUUAAUAGCCAAUGUUGCUAUAUAACAUAGUCCUAUAGAAAAACAUGAAACAGACUUUACCUCAUUGUAAGUAGAAAGUACUCAAGUGAUAAACAAGUUUUAUUUUCUGAAUUCCUUUUUGGGUUACUGUUACGUUAAUAUUUGGGGAAAUAUUACUUUUAAAAAUAGUCCUAAGAAAAGUAAACUAUUUCCUAGAUGAUAUGUAAAUAUUUCCAGGAUUUAGUUGUUAUUAGUAAACAAAAAACUAAUCUUACAAUCUUACCCUUUCUUAUUAGUUGAAAUUUCUUGGAAAUUCCAUUUGUUAGAACUGUUACAUUACUUAGUAAGUGUUUUGUGAGGAUGUUAGCGAGGCAGUGUGCUGGAGAAUGGCACUAGUGUUGCCUGUUGGCACUGUAUCUGCUUUCUUUAACUUGCUGUGUGAGUGUAGAAAACCUGUUAAGCCAGUGUUGGAUUCUGCCAGCUUCAGAAAGUAACAUCAUAUGCUUUCACAUAGAAGAAUUAGUGAUUUCAUGCUAAAAUAAAAAUUGAAACUGGGCUUACAUGCAAGUUAAAACUUUUUAAUUGAAAAUAUUCCUGUUAAUAGGAUAGGAGUUUUAAAAAAAAAUUUUUAGAAAAGUAGCCCAAAUAGGCCUAAUCCUUUUUUUAAAAAACAUUCUUUUUCAGAGUGGAAAAAUUUACAUAGUUAAGGUAUUGACAAAGAAGUCACUAUUCUGCCAUAAAGAGAAAAUUCUUUAGAAAUGUUCUCCAAAUCCAAGAUUCUCUUGGAUCAAUCUACAAAAACUUACUCUUAA